AUUCAUUCUGACCUGUCAUGGAGUGUCUCACGCUCUUUGAGGAGUCACCGUUCUGGGGAACGCGUCUGGCAAGCAGGCCACUGCCACGCAGAGGUUCCACUCCUCCGUCCAGGCCUGCUGCGACCAUCUUGCGCAGCGGGUUCCUGACAAUGCAACAGUGGCGGCCCCGGAGACCCUCCACUAAUUCAUGGCCUUCACAGAUCCAAGGUUUAGCAGUCACACCGCUCAAGCCUCACGUCCCUCCCUUCAUGCCACAUCCAGCGGUGGUCCCAGGAGUCGCACCACAUCCAUGUCCAGCGGUGGUCCCAGGAGUCGCACCGUGUCCACGUCCUGCAGUGGUCCCAGGAGGUGCACCUCUUCCACUUCCACCAGCGGUCCCAGGAAUCGCACCGCAUCGAUGCUCAGCAGGGUUCCUACUUUCGCCUUUCCAAGAGGCUCCGCCUGUCCAGGUCCAGUGGUGGUCCCAGGGGUUGCACCGCAUCCACGUCCAGCGGUGGUCCCAGGGGUUGCACCGCAUCCACGUCCAGCGGUGGUCCCAGAGUCCACACCACAUACACGUCCAGCAGAGAUUCCACCAUCGUCUGUCCAAGAGACUCCGCCUGUCCAGGUCCAGCGGUGGUUCCCGGGGUUGCACCGCAUCCAUGUCCAGCAGUGGUCCCAGGAGCCGCACCACAUCCAUCUUUUCCACCUCCGUCUGUCCGGGAGGCACCGUCUGUCCAGGUCCAGCAGUGGUCCCAGGGGUCGCAUCGCAUCCUCGUCCAGCGGUGGUCCCAGCGGUUGCACUGCAUCCUCGUCCAGCAGUGGUCCCGGAGGUCGUGCUACAUCUACGUUCAGUGGUGGUUCCAGAGGACGCUCCACAUCCAGUUCCGGUGGUGGUCCCGGAGGACCCUCCGCAUCCAGGUCCCACGUUGGUCCCAGAGGACGCUCCACAUCCCGUUCCAGUGUUGGUCCUAGAGGAUGCUCCGCAUUCUGGUCCCGAGGCGUUCCAGAGGAUGCUCCACAUCCAGUUCCGGAGGUGGUGCCAGAGGACGCUCCGCAUCCAGUUCCAGCGGUGGUUAUAGAGGCCGCACCGCAUCCACGACUAGCGGCGGUUCCGGUCCAGCCUGUCCAAGAGGCUCCACCUCCAGUCCCAUCAGCGCUACGUCAGGCGCCUUUGUCCACGCCUGCUGCUGCCACAUCUCCAGAGUCUUCUUCCCUUCCUCAGUCUCCAGAGACUUCGUCCCCUCCUCAGUCUCCAGAGUCUUCGUCCCCGCCUCAGUCUCCAGAGUCUACGUCCCCGCCUCAGUCUCCAGAGUCUUCUUCCCUUCCUCAGUCUCCAGAGACUUCGUCCCCUCCUCAGUCUCCAGAAGUCCACGUCCCCGCCUCAGUCUCCAGAGUCUACGUCCCCGUCUCAGUCUCCAGAGUCCACGUCCCUGCCUCAGUCUCCAGAGUCUUCUUCCCCUCCUCAGUCUCCAGAUCUCCAGAGUCUACAUCCCCGUCUCAGUCUCCAGAGUCCACGUCCCUGCCUCAGUCUCCAGAGUCUUCUUCCCCUCCUCAGUCUCCAGAGUAUUCGUCCCCACCUCAGUCUCCAGAGUCUUCGUCCCCUCCUCAGUCUCCAGAGUAUUCGUCCCCACCUCAGUCUCCAGAGUCCACGUCCCCGCCUCAGUCUCCAGAGUCUACGUCCUCGCCUCAGUCUCAUGUGUCUCCACCCCCUCUUACUCCAGGCCGGCCAUCGGCAGCCAUCACCGCCGGUCCGUUCCUCGCCCAUCGCAGCCGGCCUCCUAGGGCCCUCUGGCCACUGCCUCGUCAUCGCCGGUCCCCUGGUCCCAGCUCCUGGUUCCCCGUUGCCGGACCCCAAGACUCCCCUGGUCCUGGCUCCUGGUUCCCCGUCGCCUGUCCCCAAGACUCCCCUGUUCCCGGCUCCUGGUUCCCCGUCACCAACCCCCAAGGGCCCUCCGGUUUCUGCUGGCCUCCCCGACUCCUGAGACCCUGCCAGCUCCUGCAUCUCCGUCUCCGGUCCCUUGUCCCUCAUCGCCGGUCUCUCUGA